AUGUCUUCAGGGACAAACCGAAUCUCCCCUACUUCAAGCAGUGGCUCAGCAGCUCAUCCUUUUGCUAGUCCUUCCGUGACUCCAUUCACCAGUAUUCCAGUCACUCCGAACAGUGUCCCUUUCCCUUCUACUACUUUACCGGCCACUCCCUUAGCCACUGUUCCAGCCACUGUCCCAGCAAAUGUUCCGGCAAACGUUCCGGCAAAUGUACCGGCAAAUGCGUUUGGUUUGGUCUCAAACCCUACUUUCUCCACACCUCCUUUUCUGCCGGAGCUCCAGGCAAUUCUUUCUAGGGCCAACGCUCAACAAAUCUCUCAGCCACAAUCUCAGCUUGCCUCUUCUUCUGACUUCUUGUUGAAUUCUCUCACUGGAAACUCAGCCUCGAAUCUUGGUCUUCGAACUAGGCACCGAUCCGGAACGUUACCAUCACGUUUAUCGGUGGGUCCUGCUAUUACAAAUUCUGCCAUCAAUGAAUCAUCCGUUUCUUCUUCUUCAUUCCUCUUGGGUUCCAAUUCUAGCGCAUCCAGGCUUCGUUCCACAUCCAUUCAAAGUUCUAUUUGGUCAAACGAUGGAACUCAAACAUCUUCUGCACAUAAUUCUCCGGCAUUCUUUGCUCAGCAGCAACAACUGCAACCUCCGCAGAGACCUGCCAUUAAUACCCUCGAUUUGGAUGAACCCCUUGCGUCUACUAAUGCCUCCGUAUCGUCGGCUACUCUGGCUCCAUCGAUUUCAUCGGCUUCCUCGGGUCUCUUUAAUUCCAACAGAACUCGCUCAUAUUCUGCUAAUAAUGCUAUAUUGAAACCUGCGGAUCGUCAGUUCCUCAACCAUUGUUCUACCAUCAGAGAAGAGUAUCCUCAGAGCGAACAGCUACCUCAGCAACAGCAACAAGAACUAAGACCUCCCUUCCAACCUCUUUUCAGUGGCUUCCAGACCAAGUUUCCUGCUCCCUUGCAACUACCAGCAUCUGGUAUUGGUCUGCAGCGGCGUGCUCAGUCAUUUUCAGAGGCUAGUGAACCUCAUAUUUCAGUUAAUAGAGGACCUUUGCUUCAGGAUAAUCUUCCUGAAUCAGAUAUUUCAAUCACAUCAACUCACACUAACCCUUCUUUAGGCCCUACAAGUACUUUGCUUAUUAUCAACGUACCAAGAGAUCAUAACCUCACCAAUGCGGCCAAUUUUUAUCGCAUGAUGAUUCAGUUUGGUAUUAUUGUAUCUGUUAGAGUCGUGGCAUGUACCGAUUCAAGCGAUUUAGUGGUUGCUGUUGAGUUCCAGGAUAUUGACAGUGCAGUUCGUUGUCGUGCUAAGAUGAACUACCAGGAGUUGGUUCCUGGGUUAAGUUGCGUUGUUGCAUUUGCUAAAAUUAUCUACGUGAAUGGUGGAAAGUGCCCGAUGAUACAGAAGCAGGCUCCGGUUGCCGUUGCGGCUUCAGUUCCGGCUUUGGUUCCGGUUUCGCUAGAGGCCCCAAAAUCGGCUCCUGUGAGUACUGCAUCUACCAUACUAACAGCAUCGGCAUCACCUUCCAAUUCGGCAUCCGCUGCACCUCCUCAGGCAUCUAUCCAUGCUUCGCCAGACCCGCAGACACGGGAUACAAACCUCAACGAGGAGUUCGAUAGAUUCAAGCGAAUAUGUAGCGCUCUUCAGUUUACGAAUACGUCUCUUUCGGAUUCACAGCAGGAACAGUUGUCUAUCUUAGUUCGCAGAGCUUUGAGAUACAAUACGGUGCGUGAUUACGGACUUGGAAAGCUGCCAGAACCUCUAGUGGUGCGGAAAUUUGACACUCCAAGGCUUCGGGAAAUCCGGAAGCAAUUGAAUUCAAACCAACUUUCGAAACUCGCCGUGGAAGAACUUGCAUUGGCCAUGUAUGACGAAUUGCCCGAGCUAGCCUCGGACUAUUUAGGCAACACGAUAGUCCAGAAGCUUCUGGAGAUUUGCGGUGUACCAGUUAGAGACAUCAUAGUGAAGCAUCUUGCGCCAUAUCUGGCCCAAAUGGGUUCUCACAAGAAUGGUACAUGGGCUGCACAGAAGAUGAUCAAUACGGUGACCUCUGACAGAGAGAAAUGGCUGAUUUCGAAAUCCUUGUAUAAAUAUUGCACACAGUUAUUCAAUGACCAAUAUGCAAACUAUGUUGUUCAUGGAGUACUGAAGUUUGGUGGGCCUUGCAACGAUUUCAUUGUGGAAGCAAUAUUAGCUACAUUCAUGGAGAUCGCCAGAAACCGGUUUGGUGCUCGUGCCAUCAGAACUUGCAUUGAAAGCGAGUCAAUUUCACAAGAGGCCAUCGUUUUAGUAUCUGUGUGCGUUCUAACAUGGUGCUGGGAUCUCAUGGCGGAUCCCAAUGGUAGUCUUCUUAUUACAUGGUUUUUGGAUACAUGCACAGUGGUCUCGGACAGACAUUAUUUGCUUGCCAAGACACUGUACGAAGACGAUGCAGCUGACUGUGCUGCAAGCGAUUCGAUGUCUGCAGAAGCCCGUGAAUUGGGAUUGAAUUUGGACGACUCUGCAAAUGGCAUUUCCGCGGCAAACAACAGCCGUCUCUGCAAAGUUUGUUGCUCAAAGUUAGGUCACCUAAGCGUGUUGAAAGUUCUGAAUUGCAGAACGAAUCUCGCUGCUCGUAACAUUCUUUUGAAGAAGAUUUUUGGUGAUGAUAUUCUGCCAAUAAACGGUAGCAGCAUCAGCUCGAGCGAGCCUGCCUACUUGCUACAGCCACAGCAACAGCAAUGUGGAAUCCUGGGUUUGAGAUAUGAAGAUUUAGAUGGACAGAACACAUUGAAAUCCACUACAUCAUCGCAGUUUGAUUAUGGUAUGAUGCUAGGGCCACAGUUUGAAAAGCUUACGUUGAGUGGACCAGCGACUAAUUUCUACCAAAGUCAGGGUCAAGGCCAGGACCAAAGUCAGAAUGGAAGGCACAGCCAAGACCCAGGACAACAGCUCUUUUACUGA